AUGAACGCGGUGGGUCUCUCCCGAUUCUUCUCUCUCGCUGUUCUGGUCGCCUUUUCGUCGCAUGUGGUGUCCCUGGAGGCGGGGAAUUCGCCCUCGGGCUCCCGCGCGAGACAUCAACCCCAGCGGGAUGCGCCCAGUUUCUCCCGGCUACAGCGGAAGAGCCUGGCGAUGGAUUUCAUCGUACCUUCUCUUUUCCGAACCUACCUGCGGGAGUUGGUGCUGGGCGGCGGCGGCGGCGAUGGAGGGGGCCCUUUGGCCGCUUUCAAAGCACGCUGCAGCCUAGUGCUGAACUGUCCGCCUUUGCUGAGCGCGGCCAGCGCUUGGCUUCCCCGGAGCGGAGCAGCCGAGCCGGCUGGCAGGGCUCGAGCCCCGUCCAGGGUGCUGAAAGCUGGCUCGGUGCGAAAGCUGCGCCGCGCCAAACAGCUGGUGUUGGAAGUAGGCGAAGCCAACCUGAGGAAUGACUGUGCACGGCGUCCCGCUGAGGAAGGAGCCCAGGCGGAGGCGAGCCAGCUCGAAUUUAUCCUCACCGAGGAAUUCAGCUGGUGGAUCCGGUCGGGAGAAGGCAGGCUGAGGAUUCGGGUGAUGCCGGAGCGGAGAGCGUCUUUCCAGGGCCGAGAAGGCAGCUUAUCAACCGCGAUCAGAGCCUCAAAGCCCCGCCUGUUAUUCCAGAUGGCCCAAAAAGACCACUCCUCAUUGGAGUCUCCAACAAAUGUUCCACCACGCUCUUUAGAGUUUUCUACUUGGAAUUUAUCGUGGGUCAUGAAAGAUUCCACCCCUUUAUUCAUUCCAAGAGGGCGGCACUUUUUUGACUGCGAUUUUGAAUCACCCUGUGAUUUAGAAUAUUCCCCAUCAGUGAAGGAGGGCCAUAACAGAUCUUGGCAAAGGCUGAGAGCAGAUGAUCUCUCACAGCUCCUUAUUUUGGAAGGUCCAGACCGGGAUUAUUCAGAAGAUUCAACAAAAGGUUCAUUCCUGUACCUUAACACAUCAGAAAAUAUGAACUUCGUUAUUCUGAGCCCUUGGCUGAAGAGCAACAGUGAAGACUGUACUGUACAAGUGGCCAUCUACAGAUACCUCCAACAAAGUGGUGAAUAUGCUGUUGAGGUCCUCCAUGCUGAUGAGAGUCGUGUCAAAAUCCCACUGAUUCCAAGCAGAGAAAAACAUGGAUGGGUGCUGCUCCAGGAAAGAGUUGGACACCUUGAGAAACCUUUUCGGAUCUCCUUGGAAUAUAUCGCUCGUGGGAACAGAAGUGUAGCUGCCAUUGAUUCCUUUGCGAUGAAGAACUGCACAACAGGACCUCCUUCUGUCCCUAAAAUGGCUCUGCAGAGUUCCUUUACUUGUUGGAAUGGAACCAUAAUCAAGCUGGGGCAGGUGUGUGAUUUCUACAGAGACUGCGCGGAGGGCGAGGACGAAGGGCAGCUAUGCAAAGAACUUCCCUCAGGCUUCUACUGCUCCUUUGAAGAUGGAGACUGUGGUUGGAUCCAAAGUUCAUCAACUCUCCAGGAGGCCCACUUGUGGCAUAUUGUAAAUCCACAGUAUAACCACUUCGGUUUUCUGAAAGAACGUGCACUGUUGCUUAACACCAGUGAGACACCGGCUGGAGAAGGAGUUGUGAUGACCAGUGCUGUGUUUCCAGCUCCGAUGAAAAAUUCUCCUUGUGAGCUUCGAAUGUCAUGGCUCCUACAAGGCAUCUUGUUUGGAGACAUUUCCAUGGUCCUUGUUGAGAACAAGACUGGGAAGGAACAUAGCAGGAAGCUCUGGCAUUUUGAGAACAGAAGAGGACUGGGAAUCUGGCAGAAGCUGGUCAAGCCUCUUCCUGAUGUAACAGACAGGUUUUGGCUUCAGAUUAUUGCAUCCUGGAAGACUGGAUCCGAAGCCAUUCUUGCUUUCAAUAAUGUGUCACUCAGCCUGGACUGUUACCUUACAAUCAAUGAAGAGAAGACAUCUCGAGACCACAGUCCAGAUGCAGGCAAUCUGCUCAUUGACAGAGGCAGAGGAGAAGGAUAUUAUGCAGAAAGGCCAACACAGGAUCCUACACCAGUUGGCUUUGAAGAUAAUUGGCUAUUCACCACUUGUGGGGCCAAUGGACCUCAUGGGCCCACUCAGACCCAAUGCAAUGAUGCCUACAGGAACACUAACGUCAGCGUAGUGGUAGGGAUGGAGGAGCACUUCCCAGGAGUACAGAUCUGGCGAGUGCCUGAAACCAAUACAUACAGUAUCUCAGGUUAUGGAGCAGCCGGUGGCAAAGGGAAGAACACCAUAAUGAGGUCGCAUGGUGUGAGUGUGGUGGGAAUAUUUAAACUUCAGAAGAAUGAAACAUUGUACAUUUUGGUGGGGCAACAAGGAGAAGACGCCUGCCCCAGUACUAACCACAUCAUACAGAAAGUCUGUCUUGGAGAGAAUAAUGUGGUGGAAGAGGAAAUUAGAGUAAACAGAAGUGUCCAUGAAUGGGCAGGAGGAGGUGGUGGAGGUGGAGGAGCAACAUUUAUAUUUAAGAUGGAGAAUGGAAAGCCAGUCCCCUUGAUCAUUGCAGCAGGAGGUGGUGGCAGGGCCUACAGGGCCAAAGCAUAUACAUUAAACCGUGAAAGACUAGAGAAUGACACAUCUGUACCAGGGCUCAAUGGGAGACCAGGAGCUGCAGGUGGUGGAGGUGGCUGGAAUGAUAACACUUCCUUCCUCUGGUCGGGAAAAUCAUUGCUGGAAGGCGCUACUGGAGGAAAAUCCUGCCCCCAGGCCAUGAAGAAGUGGGGGUGGGAGACAAGAGGGGGUUUCGGAGGGGGUGGAGGGGGGUGCUCCUCAGGUGGAGGAGGCGGAGGAUAUAUAGGUGGCAAUGCAGCUGAAUUCAAUGACCCAGAAAUGGAUGGAGAGGAUGGUGUAUCUUUUAUUAAUAUCCAGUAUGGUUCAUUGUUUACCCCAGCCUUAAAAGUGACAGAGGGGCAUGGUGAAGUCAACAUUGGACUGUAUGUGAACUGUAGCCAUUGUGAUCAUGACAUGUGCCACAGGGAUAUGAAGACCCAGGAGAUUGUCUGCAUUUGUGUCUAUGGAUAUGUGUUAGCUGAUGAUGGCGUCUCUUGCUUAGCUGAACUGAUACUGCCUACAAAGAAUCCUCCUCUCUCCUUGGUCUUGUCUGUCGUGACAUCAGCACUGGUUGCUUCUCUUAUUCUAGCCUUCUCAGGGAUCAUGAUAGUAUACCGCCGGAAACACCAAGAACUACAAGCUAUGCAGAUGGAAUUACAAAGCCCCGAGUAUAAACUGAGCAAACUGAGGACCUCCACCAUAAUGACUGACUACAACCCCAAUUACUGCUUUGCAGGGAAAACCACUUCCAUUAGUGACCUCAAAGAGGUGCCCCGGAAAAAUAUCUCUUUGAUAAGGGGUCUAGGCCAUGGAGCUUUUGGGGAAGUAUAUGAAGGUCAGGUGGUUGGGAUUCCCAGUGAUCCAAGUCCCUUACAAGUGGCUGUAAAGACCCUGCCUGAAGUUUGCUCAGAACAAGAUGAGCUGGAUUUCCUCAUGGAAGCUCUGAUUAUCAGCAAGUUCAACCAUCAGAAUAUUGUGCGCUGCAUUGGGGUGAGCUUGCAGGCUCUGCCACGCUUCAUUCUGCUGGAGCUCAUGGCUGGAGGAGACUUGAAAUCUUUUCUGAGGGAGACACGGCCCAGGCCAAGCCAUCCCUCAUCCUUGGGUAUGCUGGACUUGCUCCAUGUAGCUCGUGACAUUGCUUGUGGCUGUCAGUAUUUGGAAGAAAAUCACUUCAUCCAUAGAGACAUUGCUGCUAGAAAUUGCCUCCUAACUUGCAAAGGUCCAGGGAGAAUAGCUAAAAUUGGUGACUUUGGAAUGGCUCGGGACAUAUACAGGGCCAGCUACUACAGAAAAGGAGGGUGUGCAAUGCUCCCUGUCAAGUGGAUGCCACCUGAGGCCUUCAUGGAAGGGAUGUUCACAUCCAAAACAGAUACCUGGUCUUUUGGAGUACUGCUGUGGGAAAUAUUUUCUCUUGGAUAUAUGCCAUAUCCCAGCAAAAGUAACCAGGAGGUCUUGGAGUUUGUAACAAAUGGAGGAAGGAUGGAUCCACCCAAAAACUGCCCUGGCCCAGUGUACCGGAUAAUGACCCAGUGCUGGCAACACCAGCCUGAAGACAGACCAAACUUUGCCAUAAUACUGGAAAGGAUUGAAUACUGCACUCAGGAUCCUGAUGUUAUCAACACUGUUCUGCCUGUGGAGUAUGGGCCAUGCAUUGAAGAAGAGGAAAAGGUCCCAGUCCGUCCUGAUGACCCUGAAGCGAUUCCUCCUCUGUUAGUGUUGCCGCAGCAAGAGAAAAAAGGUGCAGAGCAGCUCCUGCCUUCGCCGCCUUCUCUGGCCUUAGCCAUCCCAGCUGCAAAGUCUCUCCCGAAAGUGGCGGGUGUUGAGCCACCAGUUCGUGCUAACAUGCAGGCACCCCUGGAAGGAGGACAUGUCAACAUGGCGUACGCUCAGUCCAACUCUGUCACGGAGCUCCACAAAGUGCGAGGGUCCAGAAACAAGCCCACCAACCUCUGGAACCCAACAUAUGGCUCCUGGUUUUCAGAGAAGCCAACCGUCAAAAACACUUCACAGGUGGAGAAGGAGGCAACUGAGAGGGAAAGUUCAGGACAUGGCGGGAACUGUACUUUGGGACCCAGCAUUGUGACCGGAAGGCUGCCCAGCUCUUCCGUUCUUCUAGAACCAUCUUCACUAACAGCCAGUGUUAAAGAAGUGCCUCUGUUCAGGCUCCGCCAUUUCCCCUGUGGGAAUGUUAACUAUGGAUACCAACAACAGGGCUUGCCCCUGGAAACCUCGGCCCCACCCUUGUGCCAGCAGUUACGAGGGCCCUCACCUUAAAAAACCAAGGCUCACCUGGUGGAGUGAAAGUCUCCAGUUCUCUUGACUCUCUUCUCAUGUGACUUGUGAGCCUUGGAGCAAAGUUCAGUGUCGUCCACACAGCAAGUGCGAGAACAAAGAUUCCCUUCCGUUCUGUGCCAAUUGGCUCUGAAGUGCCACCUUUGAAGCAACGUUUCUCAAACAUUCAAGAAGCUUCAUUUUCUUUUCAGAGUCUGUUCCCUACACACAUGCUCUCUCUCUCUUACACAUGCACACACACUUAGGACAACAGUCAGCAAGGCCCCAUUCUCAGUGGCAUAAAAUCAUCUGCAUGGUUGUACGCUAUGCCCUUCCCUGCGCACUGCUUCCUCUCAGCUGUUCAUCUGCUGUUUCAAGACUCGCUGUCCAAAUGUUAUUUGUUUAGGGAUUUCCGGAACUGCCAGAUGCAGUCGUUGGCAAGCCCACUUGAUGUUGGAGAUUUGAGGAGAGAGUAAGAAAAUGUGGUACUCAUGUCCAAAACAAAAUUAUGUAACAUGGACUCUUCAAGGAUGCGUACCCAAGCAACAGUGCAGCUACCGUAUGGUCCUCAUAUGAACACACCAAAAACCUAGUGCCAUUCACCGGGCAGCACACACAUGUUGCUCUCACCGUCUGUGUGUCCCAAAUGGCCAAUGCAGAAAUUUAAGGGAUAUAUUGAAAUAUUCUAAUUAGAAGGGAGAGCUUUCUCCUUCUUUGAAAUUAGGGUCUCUUGUGGUUGUUGGGUGACAAGGGUCAAGACACUGAAACUAGCACCUAAUCUUUCAUGUGCAUUCAUGCUGUGAGUGGUUAUGCCAGAUUUGAAAUCAGAGGAAGGGAAGAAAGUGGCUGCCCAGAUGUUUCAGACUACAGCUAAUACAGUCCUUGGAGAACAUGAAAAGAGCUGUGCUGGGUCAGAACAAGAGACUGUCUUGUUCAAUAUUCUGUUCACAUGGUGGCCAAGCAGUUGCUUACAGGGAGGUCAUCAGCAGAAGAAGAUCAAAAAGCACAGUGUUUGGGCAUGGGUGGCUGGAGAAGUACAGCUUCCUGUAUCCCCUGGGAUGCACAAGGAUUCUGCCUGGGACCUGUAGUCUAAAAUAGUGAUGUCUUUAUGCUCAGCAAGUGCACCCCUCAUGUUAAAGGUUCCAGCAAAAGAUAUACUAAGGCAUACUGCCUCCGAUACUAGAGAAUUCAUUCUGAAUACUAGCCAAUGAUGGCCUUAACCUCCAUGAAUUUACAUAGUCCCCUUUUAAAACUAUCCAAGUUGUUCACCGCUAUGUCAUAUGGCAAUGAAUCCCAAUAAGUAUUUCUUUUAUCUGUACUUAAUCUCUCAUUAUUCAGCUUCAAUGGUUUGUUCUCAUAUCCUGAGAGGGAUGGAGAAAAAACCCCUGCUUUAUGCCUACUUUUCAUAUAUUUCUGUUAUGCCUCCUGUUACUCACUCACACCACACACACACCCAAAACUACUCCAAAUGUUUCAAACUUUCCUUGUAGGGGAGUUGUUCUGGUCUAUUGCUCUUAGCGUGUAUUUUGGCACUGAAGCAAAAUGCUCCAAAAAAUUGGAGAGCUAAGAACUGUUUUAGGGGACAGGGACAGAAUGAUCAGGCUAGGAGAAGCCAGUCUGUACAAGAAAGAAAUCUACACUUUUUUUUCAUGCAUUAAUAGUUUUUAUUUGCUGUCCAGUCGCCUCUGACUUAUAAUGAUCCUAUGAAUAAGCAAUCUCCAAAAC